UCAAAAAAAAUGGUUACUUUAUCUUAUCACCUCUGCUCUUCACAACUAAAAGAAACCGCCAUCAAUGGCGAGUUUAAGCUUCAACCCAUCAAGAAUCAAACACCCCAUCACCAAUUUCACCUCUCCCACCAAAACCCUAUUCCCCAAUUUCCCCAAAACCCUAAUUAAUCCGAGAAAUUCAAGGAGAAACCCCCAAUUUCCACCUUGUUUUUCAGUGUCCGAAAGCUUAUCUUCCACCCCAUUACAGCCUGAAACUGCAAAAUCUGUAAUUGAUGAAGAAGAAGAAAUCGGCGAUCCGACAUCGGAACUGAGUUACCUCGACCCGGAAACCGACCCGGAGAGUAUUACUGAGUGGGAGGUGGAUUUUUGUUCAAGGCCAAUUCUUGAUAUUAGGGGGAAGAAGGUUUGGGAGCUUGUCGUCUGCGACGAUUCGCUUUCGCUUCAGUAUACGAAGUAUUUUCCGAACAAUGUUAUCAAUAGUGUCACUCUUAAGGAUGCUAUUGUCACCAUUUGUGAUGAAUUAGGUGUCCCGUUGCCCGAGAAAAUUCGAUUCUUUAGGUCACAGAUGCAGACAAUUAUUACAAGAGCUUGUAACGAGCUCGGUGUAAAACCUAUUCCGAGUAAACGGUGUUUGUCUCUGGUUUUGUGGCUCGAAGAGCGUUAUGAAACUGUGUACACAAAGCAUCCCGGUUUUCAAAAGGGAUCGAAGCCACUUGUUUCGCUCGAUAAUCCCUUCCCCAUGGAACUUCCGGAGAAUCUUUACGGAGAAAAAUGGGCUUUUGUCCAAUUACCCUUUUCAGCUGUUAGAAAAGAGGUAACUUCAUUAGAGACGAGGUUUGCGUUUGGUGCAAGUUUAGAUUUGGAUCUAUUGGGGAUUGAAGUCGGUGAAGAGACUUUAAUUCCUGGACUCGCGGUUGCUUCGUCUCGAGCAAAACCACUAGCAGCAUGGAUGAACGGGAUAGAAGUAUGUUCGAUCGAAGCUGAAACCGCACGAGCAUCUAUAGUACUGUCGGUGGGGAUUUCGACUCGAUAUAUAUACGCGACGUACAAGAAAUCAUCGGUGACUACAGAAGAAGCCGAAGCUUGGGAGGCAGCUAAAAAGGGGUGUGGAGGACUGCAUUUUCUUGCGAUUCAAGAUGAGUUGGAUUCCGACGACUGUGUCGGAUUCUGGCUCCUACUAGACUUGCCGCCUCCGCCAGUGUGAUUAUUUAUCUAUUAUUAUUUAAAAAUUCAAAUCCUGUUACGAAUCGAGAAAUAUCAUUUUCUUUAUUGUAAGUUUUUUUUUUAAUAGGGGCUAUAUAUUUGGCUUGAUUAUUAAACUCCUCCUAUUCUUCCUCCAAAUCAAAAUGUGUUCGUUUAACUUUUUCAAAUUUGAAUCAUGUAAUUUAAAUAAGGGUAAAUUACGGUCA